UUUUAUUGGGGGAAAAAACCGCUGUUUUGGUACAGCUAUGCGGAGCGCUAGGCGGUGCGCAAUACAGCCAAUGAGAUAACGCAAGUGUAGCGACGCGUGUCGCUGAUUGAAGUCGAGAAGGCCUAAUGAAAUGGUGUGGAAGCUCCUAAGAGGGGUAGAAAAUGUCAUCACCAGUGAUAAGCAAUCAGUCAGUCACAGUCCAGCUGCCUGCCACUGACAAUGUCUCCAAAUUAAAAGAGCUACUUGCAGAGGCUUUGAAGUUGCAUCUUGAUGACUAUGAUGUUUUCCAUAAUGGGCAGCAGUUGAAGCUAAACCAGUCAUUUCAGUUUCAUGGAAUCGGAGGAGAAGGACUUGUUGUCUUGAAAGUUGAUAUAACCUUAGGGCCAAUAAAGAGACUUGAAAUUGGCGAAUUUUCGGUUGUUAUUGACACAGCAAAUGAUGACGGUGCUCAGAAGACAGCAGAUGGAAGCACACAGACUGGUAAUUUUGUUGAGGAAGAUGACCAAACAUCAUUUGGAUCUGGUGAGCAGCCAAAAGGGAUGAACACCUUGCCUUUUAUAGGCGAUCAUGGAACUCUUCAAAGUCUUGCUCCUGUCCUGCUUAUCCAAAACUUUUUAAAAGUUUGUGAAGCUGAAAUGAGGAUCCCAAGAGAUCCACGAAACUGGACAUCACAGCAAGUUUCUCAGUUCAUUAACUGGCUAAUUCAAGAGCUGAAUGUCAAAGGAGUCGAUGCUAGCCAGUUCAGGAUGAGCGGAGUGGAGCUUUGCAACCUCUCAAAGCAAGACCUAAACAACCACUUUCCUGUAAGCCUUGUCGACAUAUUAUGGAUGUACUUAGAGACUCUUAAAAUGGCCACUGCCCACGGUGUGAUAGCUGUCAAUCAAGAUCAGCAGCCAGCAGGCAAUGUAUCAUCGCAUGUUCCGCUACAGAGCACUUCAGGAGAGGCUUCGCAAAUGAACGGUGUUUCGAAAUCUGGUGCUAAAGAGAUGCAAUCUCAUUCUGUUGCAAAUUCCUUGAACAGAUCAAGCAGCACUGGAGGCCAAAUACAGCUUUGGCAGUUUUUACUUGAAUUGCUUACUGAUCGAAAGAGCCAGAAACUCAUCAGCUGGAUAGGAGACAAAGGGGCUUUUAAAUUAAUAGACCCAGAAAAGGUGGCGCAGCUAUGGGGCGGAAGAAAAAACAAGCCAGCCAUGAACUACGAGAAACUAAGCAGAGCAUUGCGGUACUAUUACGAUGGGGAUAUGAUUCACAAAGUCCACGGGAAACGAUUUGUGUACAAGUUUGUUUGCGAUUUGAAAAUGCUGCUUGGAUACAGCGCUGCCGAGCUUGCCAGACUUGUGAACGAGACUCCCGUUUACUCCUCCGCAGAAGAUACCGACUGCUUAAACCAAAACUGGCCGUGAAUGGCGCACACGCAAUGACCUCCCCUGCGGCUGCUGCUCAAAGAUGUGCGAUUUCUCAUACCCCACCAUCUUUCUUUGCCCCAUUAUGGCGCUCUACAGAUGAUAUUUUGAUCAUUCAAUUCAAGCAUAUGAAUUAUUUGAAGUGAAUCAAUGUCAAGGAAAGUCUUUGGAAACAAUUGAGCUUUAACUGUGAAAUUUGAUCCUUCCUUGUGUAUGUUAUUCAACAGCAUGAUUCGUCACUUGCUUGCGAGAACACGCAUGGCCUGGCCUGAUAAAAAUAAACAAAGUCUUCAGUUGUGUAUUUACCACCCCCUCUUAUUUAUGAGAGUUUGCUUCGGCAAGAAAACAAAUUUAUUAUUGUAGCCAUUUAUUGUAGAUAAUAUAUUGUAUUAAGAUGUAAUGCCUCGGGUACCUUAAAUGUAGGCGUCUGGGAAUAGCUUAAUAUGGGGUAAAUUUAAGGUUGCUUUUGUACGGUGUUUUUUUAUUUCGACUGAAUGAACUAUUACCUUAUUAUAUUGUGUAGCAGUGAAUCGGUAAGAGUGAAUAGCUUUUAUGAUGUUGAAACGAUCAACAGUUAAACAGUUCUCAAGACGUUAAUUUUAUAUUUUCUUGCGUCGUAUUGCCCCUUAUGAGCAUCGUGACAUUGAAUAAAAGUUAGUGAAAAGAUUAAGAGACUUUCAUGUGCUACUUAAGUUUUUAUAUUCUUAAAUUAUCCUUGCUUUGGGGGAUGUGAUGACCGAAGCAAGUGGAACAGUUUUAGAAAAGUAUUUGAUUCAACCUCUGAUCUAAUUUUUGGUAGAUGUUUUCCAAUUUGCGGAGGGAACCUUUGCAUCUGCAUUGGUUGAAUCACAUGGGCGUGGAUAGAGUUUUGUAACUGGGUUGCCUGUCUCCCUUAAUUAUUUCCCUUUCAAAGAUGCUUGUUGAAUAAAAAUGUCCUCUUGUGGUAAGGGUUUUGUUUGUAUUCUUGAAAUCGUGCAUCCAUAGCAAUCCGACCCCUUCUGUAUGUGGGUAUACCGUGUAAUCUCUUGUGAACGCUUUUUCGAAUCCAAGGUUCGUUUUCAGCUCCUGAUAAAGUGGACAUUCGCCCUAAUAAUGCUUACCUUAAUACUCCCUCUUUGCAAUUCCGGUUCUGCCUUGCCGUACGAAAAUCCCUUGCAUGUUCAGCGUAAAGACUUUGGGAAACUCUCCAAAGACCUAAAUACUUUUCCUGUCCUUAUAUGAGUAUUACGAUAUUUUUUAGUAAAAUUUCACGACCGUUAUUCAGGUCAUGUCAUAUAUAAACAAUCACGACAAAUUACAGUCUAAAUGAGAUUUGUAUUAAAACCGUUUUGAUUGUCAUUUCAUAUCAAAUGUUUUAUUGAA